UGUUUAAUUGAUCCGUGACGCGAUAACCUGAUAACUGACAUUUCGACCACGACCUGAUCUGCUCAAGCUCUAGAGAUGACCAGCGGAUCUAUUUAUUCUGUUUUCCGUUCAGGCUACGCUUUGUAGAGGGAGAGAUGUCGUUCCAUCUCUCUGAGUUUGUGGUGGAAUCACAGGCGGUCUCGUUGACGACGACGGAUGUACGCGCAUGCUCUAGUUCUCCGUCGGCGGGGUCGGGGUCGGAGGGUGGUGGCGGUGAGAAAAAUGAUGAUCGGGUUGAGAUCUUGACUGCGGAUCACGACGGCGGACGAGCUGCUGCUGCUGCAGGUGCAGGGACGAGGACCGACGCGAGUGUGGUGUGUAGUCGAUGUCGACAUGCGAAGCCGCGGAGUGAGUUUGUGAGGUUAGGCAAGCUGCUACGGCGGUGUGCGCGGUGUCGGGGACUGAGUUCGCAGUUGAAAAAGCAGAAGAGACAACAGGAGGUGUUGAAAGCAGCAGAGGCAAGCGCGUUGGUGCCUGAUCUUCCAAGCUAUGAGAAUUACUACCUCUUCACGCGCGAUCUGCGACGGGACUUGAUUCGUUUCUCGCCUGCGCUGGUGGGAUCUUUCCCUCCGUUUUCUUCUUCCCCCCCGACACAGCUGGAGAGUGAGAGUCCGACUGUUGCGCAUGAAACGAACGCAGAGUACACACUCGGUCCGAACCUCACGCUUCCCAAUCUUCUUCCCCCGUCGUCUGAUGCACAGAUCACCAGCACAAACACGAUCUCGACACACCUCGAAACCGCAGCAUCCGAGCUCGAGGAGCCGAAGGAGUUAUUCGCCGCGCUGAUCGAUGCGGUUUACGAAAGUACGGGGUACCUGUUUAUCCGGCGGAACACGAAGCGCAACACGCAGAAACGGACGGUUAAGGUGUAUUACAUUUGCUCGCGGUCAAAGGAGAAGGCGAAUCUGCCGCACUCGGAGGUGUCUUCUAAACGUACUCAUCGGAGAGAGCUAUUUGACUGUAACGGCAACCUCUCGAUCCGAGCAGAUUUUUCGACGCGAAAAGUGCUCGUGCAAAUCAGACACAGCUGUAUCCACAUCUCGGCCGAGCGCAGACCUCUCAAAAGCAAGAAACAGCGCGAAACGCUCCUCUACCCUGCUCUCAGCAGCAGCACCAGCUACGACGACACUGAGCUAGGUGUGGAGGCGACGUACGAGAGGUGCGGUGCGCAUCCGAGGUGGGAGCAGAUGAAGGCGGUGUUUGCGUACCUGGGGGCGAGCUGUAAUGAUGAUAAUCGGCCGUUGCAGGAUUAUGUUAUUGAGCAUUUGGGUGGGGAGCGGUAUUUGGAUGAGUUUCUUUCGCUAGCGGGGGAGCGCUAGAGUAUUACUGAACGGAGUUUA